AUGGCCUCCAAGGCUUCAAGAGCAAAUUCAAAGCAUAAGCCCUUGAUCCUCUCUCUCAUCAUCAUCUCUUUCUCCCUCCUAAUCCUCUCAGGCUCUUUCAGGAAAACCAAACACCUCUUCAACACACCAUCAUCAUCUUCUGCUUGGACAAAGACUCUCCUCCACAAUGUCCACCUUGUCCGGAACGAGACCGAACUCCCCAUUUGGUUCCGCCUCGUCGAGGAAGAAAUGAAUGGCAAGAAAGUUCGCGCCGGGUUCGUGAAUAUCGACAACAUAUCCGACCCCGAGUUUGCCAUGAAAGGCCUCUCAAAGGCGGUCAAAGUAACAUUCGACCAUGUGUCCAGAAACCUCACUUGGGAAAAUUUCUUUCCCGAGUGGAUCAAUGAAGAUCCAAAGCGAUCUACGCCGUCAUGCCCUGAAAUACCGAUGCCAAAGUUUGAAGAUUAUCGUGAUCUCGACGUGAUCGUGGCCAAGGUUCCGUGCGGGGAUGGCAGAGACAGUAGGAGAGGUUUGAGGGAUGUGUUUAGGCUGCAAGUUAACUUGGUGGUGGCUAAUUUGGCGGUCGAGAGUGGGCGGAUAAAUCCGGACAUGAACCGGAAAAUCUACGUCGUUUUCCUCGGGUCGUGCGGGCCGAUGGUCGAGAUUUUCAGGUGCGAUGAUCUGGUGAGGCAAGUGGGCGAUUACUGGGUGUAUAAGCCUGAGCAAGGGAGAUUGAAGCAGAAGGUUUUGAUGCCUGUUGGGUCUUGCCAACUCCCUCCCGCCUAUACGGAGACCGGGAAAGAGAGGUGGAGAGGAUACAUGCUGCUUUCGUCCCUAAGAAAGGCAAACCGCACGAUUGACCGCCCUCGAGAGGCCUACGCAACCGUUCUUCACUCUUCGGAAGCUUAUGUCUGCGGCGCAAUCGCCUUGGCUCAAAGCAUCAGGAGGACCGGCUCGACUAAAGACCUAGUCCUUCUAGCUGACGACUCGAUCGGCGACAAGUCCUUAGCAGGCCUACAAGCCGCUGGAUGGAAGAUCGGGCGCAUAGACCGGAUCCGAUCUCCAAACGCUAAAAAGGGCGCUUACAAUGAGUGGAACUACAGCAAGCUAAGAGUGUGGCAAUUGACGCAAUACGACAAGGUAAUCUUUAUCGAUGCAGACCUAAUUGUCCUCCGGAACAUCGACGAGUUCUUCGUAUAUCCACAGUUAUCGGCGGCGCCGAACAAUAGAGUGCUGUUCAACUCAGGUGUCAUGGUGAUCGAGCCAUCAAGUUGCAUUUUUGAGGACCUCAUGUCAAAAUCCUUCGAGUUGGAUUCUUAUAACGGUGGCGACCAAGGCUUCCUAAACGAGUUCUUCACAUUGUGGCACCGGUUGCCGAAUAAGCUGAAUUGGUUGAAGAGCUUCGAGAAUCGAAAAGACGAAGAACGCAUGAUCCCCGACAAUCUUUACACGCUGCAUUUCUUGGGGCUAAAGCCGUGGAUGUGUUACAGGGACUACGAUUGCAACUGGGACAUGGAGACUCGCCACGCUUUCGCGAGCGACUCCGCGAAUAGGCUGUGGUGGGAGGUCUACGAUUCGAUGCCGAGCGAAUUGCAGUCGUUUUGUGGGUUAACUGAGAAGAUGGACUUCAGAAUAAGGAAGUGGAGAGGCAUAGCUAAGGAGGCCAAUUUGACUAAUGGGCACUGGAAGAUCAAAGUCACAGAUAGUAGGCGCCUUCAUUAUUUUGAAUGAGAAGCAUAGCAAUGCAAGGCACUAGGGAGAAAGAGUGCCAACACCAGUGGUUGUAUUUGUAUGUAGUAUAUAGAGAUUUGCAGCUCUUCAAUGGAUAAGCUUUUGACAAUGUUCAAUGAUGACAUGGGAGAAGUCAUCGUUUUUUGUUUCCUUCUUUGUUUUUUAUAAGUUGGAAAUUGCAAUAAGUUGG